AUGCUACUGAACGACGGUAUCCGCAGGGACAAAGUCGAUGAGAACGCGACCCUUCACCCUAAUUCCGCACAAAAAUGGUAUUACAUCCCAGAUCAAAAUGCUGAUGAGCUAAUCGUCUUUCGCAACUCUCACUCCAAAGAGACGCUGCCUUACACUAAUAGCAUCAACAGACUGUUUUCAUACAGCUGUUUUCAACCCGAAGGCAAAAUGCUCUCCUCGUGUCAGCCUCGAGAUACCUCACUGCUUAGUAGUGAUUUGGAAGUUUUAAUUAUACUUUCUUACUUCGUUUCGUACUCUUCCAUUGUUGGAACUACAGUAUAUGCCAUGUUGUGGCUUCCAUGUUGA